AUGGGUAAGGGCAAGGGAAGGGGCAAGAACAACGGCAAGGGUAGAGGUAGGAAAAGAAGUCACAGUCUGAGGGAGAACAAUCUCGCAACGAAAGUCGAGAGCCAACCCGUCGGCAAGCCCGACGGCAAUCAUCACUGUCUCCGAAAGCGACCUACGCAUGCUCCAGCCCAGCGAUGUGUCGAUUUAGGCCAUGUGGUACAGUGUCCGUUCCAUACUAACAGCUACCCCCGACGGUUGAGCGAGUGUGUGCCGUGCAUUAGUGCUGACAGGCGACUAGUGCAACAGAAGCGCAAGGAAAAGGGGAAAUAG